CGUGUUCGAGCCUAUCAGUUCGGGGGUCGGGCUGAUUGCCCCGGGUGUGACCGACGCCCUGUAUUAUGUAUACCCCGCCUCGCCCUCAAAGAUGACAACAUGCCCCCAGACUCGCACUCUCCUACUACCGUUCUUCUUCUCCUCACUUCGACAAUGAACAGUUCAUCGAUCUCAGCUGCCCAUCAGAUCGACACUGUCAGCUCUGGUCGACCAAGCCGGAAUCGAAAACCACCAGUGACCUACAAUCCACACCUACCGAGCACUCGGCGGAGCAAGCAGCCUGAGCCUCACCAUGAUGACAACCACGGUAUCGAUCCAUUAGUUCGAACGCGUCGCGCCCACCGUGUGAUCGGAAACAUCGAUAAUAUGGGCUUUAACGAAACUCAUGAUGAAUCAAAAGAACUACUCAACCAAUCAAACUCCUAUUCUAACCACAUGCUGGAAUCCGAAGACAAGGAUGCUGACGGGGAAGACGACGAUGGAGGGGACGACGAUGAAUACCCAUCGGGUAAGGCCGACAGUGAUAGUGACUAUUGUGCUGGAAACGGGGAGCAGUCCGACCCUCCGGCUCAAUCUGAUGACGCAAUCACCGUCAAGCGCUCCCGAAGAACUCAACGUGUCCCGAUCGAUUCUGAUGAUAGUUUCUCACAACCCAGAUCGACCACUCGGAAGGCUCGCCGGAAACCAGUCGAGUCCGACGACUCUGAUGAAGAUGAACAAGAGGAGAUUCCAAGUGAGAACGAGGAAUUUAAUGAUACCGGAUCCAUCAAGCAGAGUACAUCUUCAAAAGACGCCAGAACUCAAAAGUUAGAAGCAUUGGCCAGACAGCGAGCCAUAGUGGCCAGAGAGCAAGCCGGUACUCGCAGGAGCGCACGCAACUUGACUAUCCGAUUUGGAGAAGAUCCCCAUCGAAAUCAGUCCAACAAGCAAGCCCAUGAGGAGGACGAAGGUCGCCAGCUAAGGAAUAGGAAACACGUUGACUAUCACAUCCCCGCCUUGGAUGCAUUCGAAACGGAAGAUAAGAGCAAGGGCAAGAAGGAAAGAGGACGAGGGAUCCGAUUACCGAUGAACAUGAGCGGCAAACAAAUGGAUCGACUGUUUGCCGGUCAACGUCCUGGUGCUGAUUCAGACGAAGAGCCCACUCCUGCCUUUGGCCAGGUCAGUGGUGCUGGUAUGUUAGGUGGCGCAUCUGCUGGUCCCUUUGGAGCUCCGUUACUAGAUCCUGGAAGUUUUGCCGCUGGGGGUCCUAGUAAUAUGGGUAAAAUGUCUGGGGCUACCAACCUUGCAGAUACAGAUCCUCUCGGAGUACAGACCAAUAUCGACUUUUCGCACGUCGGUGGAAUGGAAAAUCACAUUCAGCAACUCAAAGAGAUGGUGUCUCUUCCUCUGCUCUACCCCGAGGUUUUCCAGCGCUUUCAAGUUACCCCGCCUCGUGGUGUGCUCUUUCAUGGCCCACCCGGAACCGGGAAAACUUUACUCGCUCGGGCGCUGGCUGCAAGUUGUAGUAGUGAAGGACAAAAAAUCUCCUUUUUCAUGCGCAAAGGUGCGGAUUGCUUGAGCAAAUGGGUGGGAGAAGCCGAGCGCCAGUUGCGAUUAUUAUUUGAGGAAGCCAAGAACUGCCAACCUAGUAUUAUUUUCUUUGAUGAGAUCGAUGGUCUCGCGCCAGUAAGGAGCAGUAAACAGGAACAAAUUCACGCGUCAAUCGUCUCGACCUUGCUAUCGUUAAUGGAUGGUAUGGAUGGCAGAGGUCAGGUGGUUAUCAUCGGAGCGACCAAUCGACCGGAUGCUGUCGAUCCUGCCCUCCGACGGCCUGGUAGAUUUGAUCGAGAGUUUUACUUUCCCCUGCCCAAUCGAGAAGCUAGACUAAGCAUCCUAAACAUUCAUACUCGUGAUUGGAAUCCUCCACCCUCGGAGGAAUUCAAAAGCGAAUUAGCUGAUCUAACGAAAGGAUAUGGUGGAGCUGAUCUCAGGGCUCUGUGUACGGAGGCCGCUUUGAACGCUGUGCAGCGGAAAUAUCCUCAAAUUUACAAAACAUCUGAUAGACUCGUAAUUGAUCCUCAGUCGAUUGAUGUGGUCCCGCGAGAUUUCACCAUCGCGCAAAAACAUCUGGUCCCAUCAACUAGCCGCUCUACUGCGAAUAUUGCAAGCCCACUGCCUUCUCAUCUAAAACCUUUGUUAGAGCGAUCGUUCGAGCAGGUCAAAGGGCUCCUGGAUAAAAUGCUACCCAAUGUGAAGAAACCCAACAUGCUCGAAGAAGCAGAAUAUGAGAAUGAUGAUUCUGGUUUCGAGAAAGAAAAAACGAUGCAAACAUUUGAAACCUUGCGAAUCUUUCGACCUAGGUUGGUAGUAUGUGGUUCCAAAGGCGCCGGUCAGCAACACAUUGGCGCUGCCAUAUUACAUCAUCUGGAAGGAUAUCAUAUCCAAUCCCUCGAUCUCGCAAACUUGAUUGGCGAUUCAACAACAAGUGCAGAUGCGAGAUGUGUACAAAUAUUCACAGAAGCCAAGAGACACAAGCCAUCCCUUUUAUAUAUACCCUCACUGCAUCAUUGGCAAUCUUCACCGAUUCUUGAAAGUGUCACAAGGACAGUGACAAGCUUAUUAGACGAGCUGAAGGCCUCGGACCCCAUCCUACUCCUGGCGAUCGUUGACUGCCCAUUCAAGGACCUCUCCAAAGACAUCAAAUCCUGGUUUGGCGUCAACAGAUCCAAUAGAGUUACCCUUCCAUCUCCCGAUGAAGCUCAACGCACAGAGUUCUUUGCUGAUACGAUCGCCAAUAUCCGACGGCCACCGACAGAGUUUCCAGAUGCUUUGCCCAGGAAGAAGCGGGUCCUUGACGUGCUGCCUAAAGCACCGCCCCGUGAACCCAGGAAACCGACGGAAAGUGAAUUGCAGUCCCAACUGGCCCAAGAUCAAAAAUUGAUUGAAUAUCUCAAGUUUCGCUUGGGGCCAGUGCUUGCCGAGCUGAAAAAGAAGCACAAGCGAUUCACCAAGCCGAUCAAUCCACCACCGCAACAACCAGACCCGCAAGCAGAUGAGGACGAGAUUUCAAAGGUCCCAAAGUAUUACGACGUCGAUCUGGAAAAGAUGCAUUACAAGCUCUACUAUAACGAGUAUCUCACUUCGCAGCAAUUCGUGGCGGACGUCCAGAAGAUCGUUUUUAAUGCGGAGCAGGAACACCAACGCUCCUUGAGCGUAGACCAUGAGACGGUGGUUAAGGCGCAAGCAAUGUUGACGCACACGAGGGUGAUGGUUGAACAAGCCUGUGACCACCAGUUUGAUAUUGACUGUCAUCGGAUGUACGAACGUAUGAAACUGCGGAAUCCGCUCCUUGGCCAGCCGAAAAAACGAACUACACCCAAGGAGAAAAACCAACCUUUACCGGAAAGACAAAGUAGUCGAGUUUGUGGUUUGGAGCCCGAGAUCCCCUACGAUCCUCUGUUCUCUGACCGGGGUGUCAAACGAAUGAUCAGUGGAUGUGACGCGCACACCGAUCACGAACGGCCUAUCAAGCGGAAUAAAGGUCAUCAGCCCUCGUCUAGUGGGUCUGUUAAAGACGAUGGGGCCGUCGAUGAAAACCACCAGACUGAUGGAGCAAUCCAGGAAUCUAGCGCUCACGUGGCUGAUGUCCCAGACUCUACAACGCCGGACUACGAGCCAGAACCUCUGAAGGUCAUGGAACCGCAUCUUUCCGGCACCAUCCAUUCCGCAGUGACGUUAUCGCUAACCAAUCUGUUCAAUGUCGAUAAUCCUCAGCCCAACGGCCUCACGCACCCCCAAACAUCCUCCACACAGGGGAAGACUCUGAAUGGAGACUGGAACAUGCAAAACGGAGACCCUGAGCCGGUCUCGCCACAACCUCAACCCAAUGGCAAUGCCGACGUUGAGAUGAACGCCAGUGACCAGAUACCCCAGCAUGUCAAUCUUGGCCCAGAUAAGGACGAUCCAGUCGGUGCCCCCCGUCCAGUCGAGCCUCCACCUCCAGCGAUCAUCCCCCCAAUCAUCUACCCAGAUUUCGUGUGUCCCGAACAGUCCGUCCAAGCCAUCCACUCUGAGCUGGUCUACAAGACUGGCAGACUCUCAAUCGAUCAACUCGAGGAACUUCGCGCUGGUUGUUGGAACUUGAUCUGGAACUUCAGGGCGGACUUCAAUCGGUCUCUCAUGAUUGCCGAGUGUCUGAGUUUCAUCCAUCAGUACUUCGCGGAUAUUCUCGAUGAUCAGGAACUACAAAAUAUUGAUGAUCAGUGAAUCCAUCCUCACCGUUUGUUUGUAACGCUCAUGGAGUCAGUAACUUGUAAAACCAAAAUUUAUAUACAUACAUAUUUUAUGACAAGAAAAGAUUCAGCAUAAGUUUAAAUUACACACCCAAAGGUCAUUUGUUUUAGCUUUCAGAACACCACCACCACUCACACUUUUUUUAUCCAUUCAUCUUCUCUUUUGGCUUAUUUGUGGUGGUAGCUGGCUGGUUGGUAGAUGUUUUUUUUUUGGUUUCCAACCCCCUCUUGAUCUAAACUAUAAAUACAUCUAAAUAAUAUACAUAUUAAAUAUUGAAAAUAUUUCAAGAUCGGUG